AUGCUGUUCCACAGUCUGUCGGGCCCCGAGGUGCACGGGGUCAUCGACGAGAUGGACCGAAGGGCCAAGAGCGAGGCUCCGGCUAUCAGCUCCGCCAUCGACCGCGGCGACACGGAGACGACCAUGCCUUCCAUCAGCAGUGACCGCGCUGCGCUGUGCGCAGGCUGUGGGGGCAAGAUCUCGGAUCGCUACUACCUGCUGGCAGUGGACAAGCAGUGGCACAUGCGUUGCCUCAAGUGUUGCGAGUGCAAGCUCAAUCUGGAGUCGGAGCUCACCUGUUUCAGCAAGGACGGCAGCAUCUACUGCAAAGAAGACUACUACAGGCGGUUCUCUGUGCAGCGCUGCGCCCGCUGCCACCUAGGCAUCUCGGCCUCGGAGAUGGUGAUGCGUGCUCGGGACUUGGUUUAUCACCUCAACUGCUUCACGUGCACCACGUGUAACAAGAUGUUGACCACUGGCGACCACUUCGGCAUGAAAGACAGCCUGGUCUACUGCCGCUUGCACUUCGAGGCUUUGCUGCAGGGCGAGUACCCCACACACUUCAACCACGCCGACGUGGCAGCCGCGGCUGCCGCUGCGGCAGCAGCUAAAAGCGCGGGACUGGGCGCAGCCGGGGCCAACCCGCUGGGUCUUCCCUACUACAAUGGCGUGGGCACUGUGCAGAAGGGCCGGCCUAGGAAGCGCAAGAGCCCGGGGCCCGGGGCGGAUCUGGCUGCCUACAACGCUGCACUGAGCUGCAACGAGAAUGAUGCUGAGCACCUGGACCGGGACCAGCCAUACCCCAGCAGCCAGAAGACCAAGCGCAUGCGAACCUCCUUCAAGCACCACCAGCUUCGGACCAUGAAGUCUUACUUUGCCAUUAACCACAACCCCGACGCCAAGGACUUGAAGCAGCUCGCGCAGAAGACAGGCCUCACCAAGCGGGUCCUCCAGGUCUGGUUUCAGAACGCCAGGGCCAAGUUCAGGCGCAACCUCUUACGGCAGGAAAACACGGGCGUGGACAAGUCGACCGACGCUGCGCUGCACACAGGGACGCCGUCGGGGCCCGCCUCGGAGCUCUCCAACGCCUCUCUCAGCCCCUCGAGCACGCCCACCACCCUCACAGACUUAACUAGCCCCACCCUGCCAACUGUGACGUCCGUCUUAACUUCUGUGCCUGGCAACCUGGAGGGUCACGAGCCUCACAGCCCCUCACAAACGACUCUGACCAACCUUUUCUAAUGACUCAAUCCCUCCCCCACUCCCCAAGCCCCACAAUUUCUUUAAAAAAGAAAUUAUCUUUAGUUGAAUUCCAAGUGUAUUUUAAAAUAGAGGCUUUGAGCAACUAACUAACCACAUUUUAGGAACUCGCCUGGGAACAGAGGAAAAAAACAAAACAGAACAAACACCCCGUAGAGCAAAUGAAUCGUGUGUUCGGCUAACGCAGCUGGUGUGGACGGAGGAAUUACUUGGAAGAUCUAUUUGCAACACAACAUUUGUGUCACUGUACAGUUUUGUGGACUGAGCGAGGAAAAACAACAAAUAAUUUAAGUUGGCCAGAGCUUCUGUAUUUUCAAAGACUGCCACGUGCCUUAGGAAUACUGUUCUAUCCCAUACUUUGGAUGAUUUGUUCAUUUCUCUCUCCCUCUUUUUCUCUCUGUAUAUUUAUGACCAGAGCAAAAAUGUCAAAAAGAACAAAAAAAGGAAAAAAAUUUGUUACUUUGAAUAGUCCUAUAAAGGAAAAAAACGGAAAACUCAAACCCCCUCCAACGGUCGCUUUGUUGUUUUAGAAUUUUAAGGUGGAAGUCUGUUCAAAUAUCAGAAUUUGUAAAAUCUAACCAGUAAUAAAACCACUUAUCAAAACUA